CCGGUUCCAGUCUCUGGUGUAUCUAACCCGCCAGCCUUUUGAUGAUGUCUAUUUGGCAGCCUUAUCAAAUUUCAUUGAUCACAUACACAUAUUUAGCAGAUGUUAUUGUGGGUGUAGCGAAAUGCUUGUCUUCCUGGCUCCAACAGUGCGGUAGUAUCUAACCAUCGUCACCUGUCUGUACCCUACCUAGGGUCCUGUCUUUUGCACAAUCAUGUGACAUGCCUGGAUUUGAAACUUUAUUGACAUUUUUCAUCAAACUGUCUCCUUUGACAUUGUCUUACAUAUGUGACAUGAUUGCCCAAAACACGGGGCCCUAAUCAUACCAUAUCAGUGAAGAGAAUAAUUAUGUUGCAUUUGCUGUACACACACUAAGAUUCACUGCAUUCAGUUCCUGGCAGCCAUCCAAUAGUCUUCUUAAUGAAAUGAAAUUGCUCUCAAAAGGGCCACUAAGGUGAAAGCAAUGGAGGGGUCUAAAUCUGACACUUCUAACUCUCCAUCGUUCGAGAAAAGCCUACCUGGGUGUCUGGCUUUGGGCACAUCCUUUCUACUGUACUAUACCGGGGAACAACCAUUAACGUGCUGUAUGAGGAUCAUAUCAGAUUGAGGUAGGCCUAAAGCCUUUCAUUAAAUGGCAGUCGACAUUCAUACCGAUUUUUAUAGACUAUGGCGAUAUUGUCUAUAUGAAUGCAGGUGCCACUGUAUUGAAGCCAUGGGAUGCAGUUUAUGAGUACUUGCUUUAUUACGAGUGAUAGGUUCAGUACACAUUGCAUUCUGUAUAUGAAAGUAGACUGGCCCUCUUUGAAGUCUGGUGGGAUGCAUUACACUCUAUUUGUUUAUAAAGCCCUUCUGCAUAAACUUCCGCGGUACCUUACUUCAUUGUUAACUUACAGACGUACGAGAUACUACAUGAGUUAUUAUGGACAAGAGCAAGAUUUUUUUUAGUUGUCAAACUGCAGCCAAGCAUCGAUCAUGACGUCAUCUAGAAUAAGACCCUCGAUAUUUAUUGGAAAGGGUAAUUAAGCUCAUCGCUGUGCACAUUCACCACCCCGUGAAGUUCAUCAUAUUUCAUAUUCAUCUGUCUCCUAAUAAACUGCAUGCUUUCCCGAGUCGUAGUGGGAGGACCACACAAUAUUUCAUUGCGUGACUCCCAAGUUUGCUUCCCCUGUGAUGGUUAUUAUAUACAUUUUUCUACAUAAAGGGGUUUCCACCAACAUUUCUUGCAUAAUACAUUAUACCGACACAAAGAUCCACCUUGUCUAGCGUAUUUUGUUUUGUCGGAAAGUUUACAUACAAAUUUGCUGCUUCCAUCAGGCCUGCCGCAAAUUAUUAUUAUUUAAAAAAAAUAUAUCUGACAUGUACUUUACGCGCAUAAAAAGGUUGGUUGGAAACCUGGUUAGUGACUGAUUGGACAGCUAGAGCAUCAUUAGUCAAGAGUUGGAGGAAAUUCCCAUGGGGUCAGGGAGAGAGAGACAGAGAUCAAUACCGGCACCACCAUCCAACAUGGCCGGCUGACUGAUGUCUUCUCUCUCAGCAUAAGGGGUUUGGUCAAUAAUGAAAGUGCUUGGUUGAUGAAAGCACUGCGUUGUAGUCUUUUCCUAUAUGGGCAACUUCACCCGGAUCUGAAACUGUAUGAUUACGUGGCAUAGGGUUACCACUCAAACCUAUGUAUUUUGUUCUCUUCUCUCUCCAGCGGACCUCAUAAAGUUGAAGAGGCUUGUGAAAUGUACUGCAGAGCAGCCAACAUGUUCAAGAUGGCCAAGAACUGGAACGCUGCUGGUAAUGCCUUCUGCCAGGCGGCCCGGAUCCACAUGCAGCUCCAGAACAAACACGACUCGGCCACCAGCUUCAUCGAUGCAGGAAACGCUUUCAAAAAGGCAGACCCCAGUGGGAAGGUUCACCAUCGCAGCCAAACACCACAUCACCAUCGCAGAGAUCUACGAGUCAGAACUGGUGGAUAUAGAGAAGGCCAUCGCCCACUAUGAGCAGGCAGCAGACUACUACAAAGGAGAGGAGUCCAACAGUUCUGCAAAUAAGUGUCUACUGAAGGUGGGGGCCUACGCCGCUCAGUUGGAACAGUACGCAAAGGCCAUCGAGAUCUACGAACAGGUUGGAUCCAGCACCAUGGAUAACCCCCUGCUGAAAUACAGCGCCAAAGAGUACUUCUUCAAAGCCUCUCUGUGUCACUUCAUCGUGGAUGAACUUAACGCCAAACUUGCUGUCGAGAAAUAUGAAGAGAUGUUCCCAGCCUUCUCUGACUCAAGAGAGUGCAAGCUGUUGAAGAAACUCCUGGAUGCUCAUGAGGAACAGAACUGUGAAGCUUUCACAGAAGCAAUUAAAGAGUUUGACUCCAUCUCUCGUCUGGACCAAUGGCAGACCACCAUGCUGCUGCGCAUCAAGAAGACCAUCCAAGGGGACGAGGGAGACCUGAAGUGAGACCACGACAGGGGGAACACAGCACCGCAGGGCGCACACAUGGCAUGCCACCCCUCAUCCCAUAUUGUUUUUGUGCAAUGACUCAGUCCAGGUUCUUACAUACAGAAUGUCCAGUUAGUUAAAUCCGCUGCAAUGUCUAGUCCAGGGGUCUGACUUUUGGGGAGGGAUGAGGUUUUGGUCAGCUAAAAAAAAGUUUGAUUUAGCAAAUCUGUUCACAAGUAUUCCCACAAAUUAAAAAAGGGAUAUGCGAUCGUGUAUCAAUGUAAGUGUGAAAUUAUUAUUUUAUUUUCAAAUACAAUCUCUUUUUGGGCUUCGUUGUGGUAAAUUUGCAGUGUACAAAUAAAUGAUUAGAAUUAUGUUCUGGCCCCGAAACCAUCCGCUCCUACAAAAAUGAUCCUGCAUCUGAAUCUAGCUGCCUACCCCCGGUGUAGGUCUUUAUAAAGACUUAUGUAUACUCUGUUGAAUUCUAUUAUCAGUGCUCUCUUAUUAUCACCAAACUCUAGUUAGGAUGUGGGUCCAGUCGAACCUCUUUCUGGAGGAUAGAUCCGAUACAUUUCCUGUUUAGUGGUGAGUGAACUUCUGAGAAGGGCAGAGAGGCAUUCUAAUUCCAAGGCAUUGACCACUGAUGUUAGUAUUGAGCGCACAAACACUGCAUGAUUUGUACAGUUGUAAUUUAUGAUUCUAUUAGGUUCAACAGGUGUGACUUCAUCUAGGAAUUAGUAUUUUAAAUAUAUAUUUAUAUUGUGUUUGCUUGGCUUCCAGCUGAAAAGUCUUACAAGGGAAAUGUCCAUUACUUAUAUCAUAAAUGGUUCUUGUAAAGAAAGGUAAGAGAUGACACAAUUGUUUCGUAUUUAAAAAAUAUUAUUCUUGAAAUGGACAAUUGAUACAAAUACAAUCAAGACAUGGCAGGAAAGUACAUUUUGCUUAGUAUUUUUUUUCUCCAUAUUUCUUAUUCUCUAUGUGGUUAUCUACACAAUCUGCCUAUGUGAGGCUACUUCCUAAUUGUGCUUGUAAAUGAUUAUUUUUUUAAACGCAAAUCUAAGAAAAUCCCUUGCCCUCUUCUAAGAGCAGUUUCACUUCUAAACUCCAGCUUUGUUCUUUCAUUGUCACUCAUGUUGAUGUACUAUGUGUCGUGAAGUUGUAACCAUGUUGGUAUUUGCUAGUGCAUCCUCUAGCUGGCAACUAGCAGAGCUGCAGUUAUUUGUGUGUAUAGGUAAUGGUGUUGCGCAACAUUUCCUAGUGAUGAACUGCGGCAAGGUUGUUACUGAGUGCCCCACAACGUAGCUGCGUAUCAAGCUUCUUUCAGUGGAAUGGUGCUCUUUUCUUUUUAUUUGGUCUGUGUCUGAAAAUUAACUAAAUAAAAUCAUUGAUCAUUC